AUUGGUAACAACACGUUCCCUUCUACCCACUUUGCUUGUACUUCUCUUCUCAGUCCUCCCCAGAAGUACCCUCUCAAGAGAUAAAGACCAGAGAAACAGAAACCAGAACAAAGGAAAACAAAGAAUGGCUACCACUAUAGUCCUUUACCCAGCUCCAGGGAUUGGCCAUGUUGUCUCCAUGGUUGAGCUAGGCAAGCUUAUACUCCACCACCACCACCACCACUUCGCCGUCGUAAUCCUCGUCGCGACCGGACCAUUCGACACCUCCGCCACCACCUCUUACAUCAACCACAUCUCCCAAACUUACCCUUCAAUCACCUUUCAUCAUUUCCCUUCUCUUCCUUUCCAAUUAUCCCUCAAACCUUCUCCUACUCGCAGCUACGUAGCCAUCCUUUGCCACUUCAUUCGCCUCAACAACCACAAUCUCCUUCAAGCCCUCCAAUCCAUCUCCGAAACAACAACAAUUCGCUCUCUCAUCGUCGACUUCUUCUGCCCUACGGCGAUCCAAAUCGCCGCCGACCACGGCAUUCCCACUUACUGUUUCUUCACCUCUGGUGCUGCCUUCCUUGCUGCCCUCCUCUACUUCAGAGCCAUCCACAACCAGACCAUAGAAAGCUUCAAAGAGAUGAAGAUGAAGCCCAGUAGCCAUCUUCAUUUCCCAGGAUUGCCCUCCAUUCCUCUCUCUAGUAUGCCAGAAGUUAUGCGUAACCCAGAUGAUGAAGCUUACCAUGAUGGGUUAUACAUUUCUGAUAAUCUUCCUAACUUGAAGGGUAUUGUGGUAAAUACGUUUGCAUCCUUGGAGCCUAAGGUGAUCAGAGCCAUUGAAGAUGGAUUAUGUGUCCCAGAUGGGCCCACCCCACCUGUUUACUAUAUUGGACCUGUGAUUGCAAACCCUAAAGAUCGGAUUGGAGAUGGAGAAGCUAUGUAUUCCAGAUCAGAUUGUUUGUCAUGGCUUGAUAACCAGCCGAGUCGAAGCGUUGUGUUCUUGUGCUUUGGUAGCCGUGGAUCGUUCUCCCUAACUCAGUUGGAGGAGAUAGCUGUUGGGCUAGAAAAAAGUGGUCACCGGUUCUUGUGGGUGGUCCGAAAUCCAUUGUUUGGGGAUAACAUUAAGCAAAUUCUUGAACCUGUGGAUCCGGAUUUGGAGCUUUUGUUGCCGGAUGGGUUCUUGGAUCGGACCAAGAAGAAGGGUUUGGUGGUGACUUCAUGGGCACCACAAAUUGAAGUUUUGAACCAUGAAUCGGUUGGUGGAUUUGUGACUCACUGUGGAUGGAACUCUGUUUUGGAAUCGGUGUGUGCUGGGGUUCCUAUGGUGGCAUGGCCGCUCUAUGCAGAGCAGCAUAUGAAUAAGGAGGUUUUGGUGGAGGAUAUGAAGUUAGCGAUGCCGAUGGAAGCGUCAUCGGAAGAUGGGUUUGUGAGUUCGGCUGAGGUAGAGAAAAGGGUGAGAUCGUUGAUGGAAUCGGAAGAGGGUAGAGUACUAAGAGAAAGAGGUAAAGAUUUUAGUAGGAAGGCCUUAGCCGUGUGGGCCGAGGAUGGUUCCUCUUUUACUACUUUCACUGAGCUUGUGGAGUCAUGGAAGCUCUGAUGCUGAUGUCUCACGAGUUUAGGUCCUCCUUCUAUGUGGUGACUUUCUCACAUGUGAUCUCACUGUUUGUUCAUUUUUUUUUUACGAAUUAGGUUAAUGUUUGAUUGUUCAAGCCUCUAAACCAAUAAUCUUGAAUUGUAUAUGACUGUUAUUUUGUGUUCUACUAUUUUUAAGAGGGUUCAAUAGGUUCAUUGGGUAUCCCUUUUAUGGUGUAAUGUUCUAUUUCAUUCCAAGGAAGUUCUUUGAUUUUAUCCAUCAAGAAAUGUAGUUUCUGUAAUUCUAUCAUAAGAAUAAAUAAAUUGUGAUUUCCAUGUUUGAAAA